UUAAAUGAAUUGAUUAAUUGAAAAUGAAAAUUAAUGAAUAAUUUUUGCCGAUUAGAUUUUGGUGGCACAAGUCAAUUAGUUACCAGAAGAAUUCAUUUAUCUCUCAUUAAUAUAUUUCCCCUGGUAAUUAAUUAAUUAAUUACCAGAAGAUUUUAUCUCAAUAUAAUCAUCAAAAGUUCAGCUAGUUUAUUGUCGUUACAAUUUAUUACUUUCACUCGUUUUUUUAUUACUUUCUUACAUUACUUUCAUCGUUUAUUGUCGUCAUAAUAAUUGAUUCGCACAUUAUUUUUUUUUAUUCAAUUCCAAUGUUCAUCGAAAAAAUUUACAACGACAUUUGUGAUCAUUUCUCACAUCCGAGUAUUUACGGUAACAUGUAGAGUAUAUACUGUAGGGUGUAUAUACAGAAUGAUUAAUUAUAUAUUGAAAUAAAUAGAUUUAUCGGUUCAAGAAAUUGCUGUGAGAAUUUUUAUCAAGAGCUUUUGCUUCGGUCCAACAACAAAUUCUUUCACGUGCUCAAUAUCUGUUUAUUUUAUUUUUUAAUAACUUUUUAUCUCGAUAUAUCGGAUCAAGUGCGAGAUUGUAUUGUGAAGAUAUGGUAUGGCAUCUGUUUCUAUUUGAUUUUCAUUCUGAAUAUUGAUUUUUCACUCGCUAUUUCACUCCAACAAAAAUAUUCUCCAAUUUUUUUUCUAUUCUAUUGCUCUCCUUUAUAUUUUACAAGAAAAAAUGUUAUUAUGUACAUUGUAAAUCAAUUGAAACAGAGCUGAUAACCAAUUCUGAGUAUUACGGUAUUAAACGAUAUGAAAAUUCGAUAACUAAAUCGAAAUCACAUUUUUUUCGUUUCUAAAAAUAUUACAUCAUAACAAUUAUCAUUUUCUACUUUACUAUCAACUUUUUUAAUUAAGACCCGAAUUUAUUAUCUAACGUAAACAUUCAUUUGAAUUUUAUCUCACUCCUCCAAAAUAUUUCUAAAUUUAGAUAUUUUUCAUUUUCCAUCACCUCUCCUCGACCAUCAAUUUCUCCUCCUUUACAUAAUUAUUUGUUUAUAACCCCUGGACUAAUUUUCGAUUAAAUUUGAAUCCCAAAUGUAGAAACAUUUUACACUAACGAAUUAAAAUAAAAAUUGCAGAUUACGUUAGGGUUGUAUGCGGGUCUUAAAUGGAUGUAUGACGAGUAAAUAAAAUAGUAAAUAGUAAAUAGGGGACUGAUGUAAAUGAAAUAUAAUUGUGUUGUAUCGUUGAUUAUGGAGCGAUAAAAUCCUAAAAUUACAUUUCACAGCAUUGAAGGUUGACCAGCAUAUGCCUCUCCUACAGAGAGUCAAAAAUCAAAAAUUAACAACAAGGAGAAAAAAAAAAUUUGUUCUCUCGACACUUGACGCACUUCCAUUACAUUAUUGUCGAUAAAUUAAUACAUUGUUCCACCUCUCAUCAUUUAAUAUAUAAAUAUAUCAUUAUUAUUGUUCGAACAGCAUCAGCACUUAGCCUAAUUGUAAAUGUGUAAUUAUAUAAUUCAUAUCUGCAGUUGUAUAAGUUCUUUCUAUACUUUUUCAUCAAUUUUAUUUUUUUUUUCAUCCUCGUGACGAAUAAUGGAGAUAAGAUAAAUUAGGCCAGACACUACUUUUGAGUGAUGAAUAUAAUGGACUAGGCCGGUGGAAUCAAUACUCUAAUGCAGCUGGAUGUCGAGGUAGGGCGCCAGUCCUGUUCCACGUAGCAGAACUCGAGGAGAUAUUGAGUCUCUUCUGGAUCCCAACAGGAAUUAUCAGCACAUCAUCAUAUCUCCCGGUCAUCCGUACAUUAACGAGAUUUGCGUGGAGUCUUCCAACAUCUUCAGGAUAAAUUCAGGACAAAUCCACAACCGCAGAAAUGUAUUUAUUUAUUAUUCUUGCUGUUAUCGCAACAGCGCAGGGCACAAUUUACUCCCCAGAGAUGAAGGACCAUCUGCUAUCGGAGAUGCUGCUCCGCGAUAUAAUCGAUCGUAUGGGUAAUGAACUGGUGGAUGCAGCAGAUUCCUACGUAGAUUAUCAGGAUCAGUCCCGCGUAACCGAUGACUACGACAAAGCUAAAGAAAUACCUGGUGAAAUGCCGAUUGAUUACGAAGGGAUUGAGACACUGAAUCCAAAUCCGAGUAUCAGGGAUCAGGAGUACCUUCGUCAUAGCACAUUAAAUUCACAUCAGAGAUUGAAUGACAAUGGGGAUAAUCGGCAUAGAGUUCAGCUUGCCGGUCUCAAGGGAGUCAAGGAUGAGAAGAACGAGAAUACUCUGCCUGCUUACUGCACACCACCAAAUCCAUGUCCCAUCGGAUACACCGAUCAAAAUCACUGCAUCGAGGACUUUGAGAAUACAGCGGCAUUCAGUCGGGAUUAUCAGAGCGCCCAGGACUGCAUGUGUGACACUGAACACAUGAUCGACUGCUCCAAUGAUUCCGAAAUUAAUCGUGGAUUGACAAAUGAUCAGAUUCAAAACUCCGAAUUUCAGCAGAUCGUCGAGCAAUUUCAGGAGGCCAAUCCCUUCCUGAGAGGUGAGAAGCUGCCGAUAGCAGCGAAAAAGGGAAUUCACGUGAUUUCAUAAAUCAACCCCUCGAUCUUUCGAUUGAAAGACAGAAUUAUUUAUUCUUGGUGGUCUAAUAUCGGUGUUGUUUUAACAAAUGAAAAUUAUGUGAUGCUCUCCCAAAUAUUCUGGUCAAAUGCUCCACCAGUCAUCACUCGUCAUUAACUGAUAAAAAGUGUCCAAUGACCUAUCGGAAUGCGAUGGUGUCUUCUCAUAUAUAAAUCGUUAUUAUAAGAUUCAACGGAGAUUUUGAGAUAACAAUGAGAAUAUUUAUCGUUUUUCACGUCAAAUCAUUUAUUUUCCUCGAUAUUCCAGAGUAACUCUACGUGUUGUAGAUUUAAUGAUGAUAUAUAAUAUAUUUUAAAAAUGGAAAACCA